AUGACAACUACUCCUAGUGUGAGAAGUAGAAAAUGGUUUGAAGAUGUAAAAGGAGAAUUAUUAAUGCCAAUUGUUAGAAUCAAACCAGCUACAAAUUUUUAAAGAGAAGAUUUAAGAAUUAACAAUCAAAAUAUCAUAUUGACAGACCCUAACAAUAGAAUUUUAGAAGAAUUUGAAGUUCCUGAAGCAUAUGGAUAAGAAGUAGGUCUUGAAUAAAUAUAUAAUGAAAGAGUGGCUCCUUUAAUUUAAUAAUUUAUAUAAGGUUACAAUGUGAGUGUUUUUGCAUAUGGUUCUACAGGAGCAGGUAAAUCAUAAACAAUAGAGGGGAAUAAAAAAGAGAAAGGUAUAGUUACACUCUGGGCAACCACUUUAUUUGCAUAUUUAUAAGAUAAGGUAGUGUAAACUUUCAAAGAAGAAAGCAUAAUAACAGAUUAUAAGUAUGAAGUGAGAAUGUAAUAUUUGGAAAUAUUGGAUGAAAAUAUAAUGGAUUUAUGUGCAGAUAGAAAAUUUGGAGAAAGAUUGUUUGUUGAAGAUCAUCCAUGGGAUGGACCAGUUGUUUAAGGAGCAUCAUGGCAUGAAAUUACUAAAGACACUGAAUUAAAUGAUCGACUUUAUAAAGGAUUAAAAAGUAGAGAUAAUACUAGUAAUGAAUUUGGAAAAGUUAGUGCUAAGGCUACUUCCUUAUUUAUUAUUGAUCUUAAAUAAUGGUAUUCAAAUAAGGAGACAUAGGAGAUGGUAUUGCUUAAAAGUUAGGCAACAUUUGCUGAUUUGCCUGGAAGUGAAAUAUUGGUUGAUGAUGCAGAAACUAUAAGGGUUAAGUAAGGAUCAACAUUGAAUAAAGUAAUUAUAGCAUUUUCAUAAUUAAUUAAAGAUCUAGCAAAUAGGUAAGAAGAUUAUGUAAUGUAUGAUACUUCAACAGUUACAAAAUUAGGUAAGGAAAUAUAUGGAAGUAAUUCAUAUAAUAUAGGAAUCUUUUGUUGUUAACAUGGUGAUCCAAAAGGUUCUUCUUUGACAUUAUAAGUAUUUAAAUAGGCAAGAAAAAUAAUGACUUAUCCAGUUGUAAAUAAUCAUAGAGUUAUUGCUUUAUUGCGUUAAUUUAGAUUAGAGGCAGCUUCAAGUAAUUAAGUUGGAAAGAAGAAGGAUACUCCAGUAGCAUCAGGAGAUUCAGUAGGAGUUUAAGAGUUGUUGGAUUUGAAGAGCAAAGUGAAUGAUUAUGCGAAAUAGAUAGCUGAUAUGGAUGAUGAGAUAACAGAUUUGAAAUAGAAAUUAUCAGCUUUGAGAGCAAGAUUCUAAGAGUUAGUUAAGUAGAAGGUAGAAUUAUAGGAUGAAUUAAUAAAAGCUGAAGAAGAUAAAAUAGAAUCUGCAAAAGCUUUAUUAGAUAUGGAAUUGUAGAAUAAGAAAUUAUAAGAGUUGAUUAUUUAGAUUUAAUCAGAAUCGAAUUCAAAAAAGUUAAAUGAUGAUAAUCUUUCAGAUGAUGUUAGGUUAUAAAAGGCAUAAUAAGUAUUAUAAGAAUUACAAGAUAGAUUAAGAGAAGCAAUAGACGAGAAGAGAGAAAUUGAAAUGGAAUUUAUGGCUUUGAAAAAGAAUUAUAUGGAUAAAUUAAAAGAAUUAGAAAAUAUUAGAAUUCAAUAAGAGAAUUACAGUCUUGAAUUAAUUAAUUUAGGAAAUGAAAAUAAGGCUUUAUAAGAGGAAAUAUCUAAACUUUAUUAAUCAGAUGGUUAAGCAAAUGAAUAAACAAAAAUGUUAUAAGAAAAAGUAAAGAAUAUGACUGAUGAUUUGAGAGAUAAGAGAGAAGCAUUAGAAUUUGCAAAAGCUGAGAUAGAAAGAUUAAAAGUAGAAUUAAUGAAGUAUGGAUUAUUAGGUGCAAAAGAUAAAUUAGAAUUAGAUAAAAAACGAUUAGAACUUGAUAAAUCAUCUACUUAGAUAUAGAUUACUUAAUAACCUAUUAAUGAUGAUGUAUUUAAAAAUGAAAGAAUGUUAUGGGAAAGUUAAAAAAUGGAACUUACUCAUAAAGUAAAAUCACUAUAAAGAAAAGUUAAUGAUGAUAAUGAAAGAAUUAAAGAUCUUGAAAAAUAAUUAAAUGAUUUAAAUGGAGAAAAUGUUAAAAUGUAAUUAUAAUUAGAUGAGAUGAGAGCUAUAUAUAGAAAUAAAUUAAUAUAGAUUCAUAAAUUAGAUCCUAGAGAUGAAUUAUUUUAAACUUAUGCAGGUAAAGAAAGAGAAUAUUCUCAAUCAAUUGAAAUUCUUAGCAAAAAGAAUAAAUAAUUAUAAAUUGAAAUGCGUUCUAUUAAAAGUUAUUCUAGAUAAAUUCGUUAUUUAGCUGAGGAUUGGGCUCCUAUUGGAUAACCUUUACCUGAUAUUUUACAUAAAGGUUAUAUGAUAUUAGAUGAAAAUGAACUUGUAUUUAUAUUCUUUAUUAUUUUAAGCAUACUUAAGCAUAAAAAGAUUAAGAAUAAGAAAUUUAAAGACUUAGAAAUAAAAAUCAUAUUUUAGAAGCAGAAUUAAUGAAUCUUAAAGAAACUAAAAAAAUAGAUGAUCCUAAUAAUGCUACUAAAAGAUUAAUUUCUGAAAUCUAAUUAUUAAAAUAAAGUUAAAUUUCUGAAAAUAAUAAUGAUUCAUCAUUAAGAAAAGAAAGAAAUGAUUUAUAAGAAGAAAAUAGAAGAUUAGUAUAAUUAUUAAAAGAUUCAAAUAAAUGGGAUUUACAUAAAUUAUAAUAAGAUAAUGAGAGAUUAUUAAAAAUGGUAAAAGAAUAUGAAAUGAUUGGACCAUAAUCAGGAUAAAGUAAAAAUGUUCAAUAAAAAAUUCAAUUCUAUGAAUAACUUACUAAACAAUUAGAAAGAGAAAGAACAGAAUUAGUUGUUAAAGCAACUGUUGCUGAAGAAUAAUUAGUUUAAUUAUAAGUUAACAUGACCAGAGUAACAGCUGAUUAUUAAAAAUAAAUUAAUGAACUAAAGAAAAAAAUUAAAAUUUUAUGAUAUACAUUAUAUAUAUUAUAUUUGAG